AUUAUUGAACCACUUGUGGAUAUGCCUGAUUUUAUAAAUAGAAGUCUUCCUCUUCUUGCAAUGCUUUAUGAGACUUUGGCUUUAAUUUAUGACUGAACAACUAGAUAAACUUGAAUGGUUAUGGAAAUUUAUUUUGGAUAGAAAAAGGCAUAGAGGAAGGGAUUUUGGGCAUUUUAGAUUUGCACUUAAUCGCAUAGCACAUUUUUAUCGUUGUGCUAAUACAAGGUUACCAAAAGAAUUAUCUACAAUACUUUCAAGGCUUGAUAAUAAUACACUUAUUUUUAAAAAGGAAAAAGAAGAAAGGAAGUUAUAAAUUUAAAUUAAUUGAAUUUUCAGUUUGUUGUUUUAUUUUUUGAAAUUAAAUACAAGAAUGACUUUAAUACAAGGUUAGAAAAAUUAUUCGAUUUAUUUGGGGGCAAGGGCGUAGCCGGGGUGUCGCCCGAUGUACCGACACCCCGAUCCCUUAUAUCCGUUCAAGUCACUAUCCAUUCAAAUCAUUAUAACAAU